AAUUGGAAAAGGAAUAGAAUUAGAUCAACAGGAGAAGAAGAAGGGGAAAGGUAGACUAGAGAAAAGGUACAGAGACGUAGAAAUGCGUUGGCGUUAGGGGGUGGAGCCCACUAGCGGUUCAACGACAUGCUGUGCCGGCUCAAGAACUCGUCCACAAUCGGUCCAUUACGCUUCUGGGAAAUUUCUUCAAACUCUUUCAAUCUUUAUACCUUUCAACACGUCAUGCUUCCUUCAACUACCGCUUGAUUAGGUUUCCGAUCAUCGCCGAUCUUCUUCUGCUUCUCCUUUCGCGAAUCGAUCAACGGUUCUUCUUUAGGGUAUUGCCUUCACCAUGUCUAUGUCGGAUUCCGAUUCCUCCUCCUCUUAUGGCGGCGAAUACAAAAGCCUCAAACAAGUUAGUCGCGAGCGAUUAUUACAUGAAAUGCUCAGGUCAGCAAAAACAGGGGAUUCGAAAUCUACAUGGAAGGUACUAAUAAUGGACAGAUUUACUGUAAAGAUAAUGUCUCAUUCUUGCAAGAUGGCGGAUAUCACUGAUGAAGGUGUUUCAUUGGUUGAAGACAUAUACAAGCGAAGGCAGCCAUUACCCACCAUGGACGCUAUAUACUUCAUCCAGCCAACCAGAGAGAAUAUAAUAAUGUUUUUGUCAGACAUGUCUGGAAGGAAACCCUUAUACAGGAAGGCAUUUGUUUUCUUUAGUUCACCCAUUGCCAGAGAAUUGGUGAUGGAGAUUAAGAAAGAUUCAUUGGUUUUGCCUCGCAUAGGUGCUUUAAGAGAGAUGAAUUUAGAAUAUUUUGCCAUCGACAGUCAGGGUUUCAUUACAAAUAACGAGAGAGCUUUAGAGGAGCUAUUUGGGGAUGAAGACAAUCACAGUAAAGCUGUUGCCUGUUUGAGUGUGAUGGCUACUCGGAUUGCUACAGUUUUUGCUUCAUUAAGAGAAUUUCCUUCUGUUCGCUUUCGUGCUGCCAGGUCACUAGAUGCAAACACAAUGACUACUUUCCAUGAUCUUAUUCCUACAAAGCUUGCUGCUGGUGUUUGGGACUGUCUUAUGAAAUAUAAAAAAAGUAUUCCUAAUUUUCCUCAGACUGAAACAUGCGAGUUUCUUAUCAUCGAUAGAACUAUUGACCAGAUUGCUCCUGUGAUACACGAAUGGACUUACGAUGCCAUGUGUCAUGAUUUGUUGAAUAUGGAGGGAAAUAAAUAUGUUCAUGAGGUUCCUGGCAAGAAUGGUGGACAACCUGAGAGAAAAGAUGUUCUGUUAGAAGAUCAUGAUCCGAUAUGGCUUGAACUUCGCCAUGCACAUAUUGCCGAUGCUAGUGAACGGUUGCAUGAGAAGAUGACCAACUUCAUUUCAAAGAACAAAGCUGCACAAAUCCAGCAUGGUUCGAGGGGUGGUGGUGAAAUGUCAACAAGGGACUUACAAAAGAUGGUUCAAGCACUUCCACAAUAUAGUGAACAAAUUGACAAGCUCUCCCUCCAUGUAGAGAUUGCAGGAAAAGUUAACAGAAUCAUUAGAGAGUCAGGUCUUCGGGAACUUGGGCAGCUGGAGCAAGAUCUUGUUUUUGGAGAUGCAGGAAUGAAAGAUGUAAUCAAGUUUCUGACUACAAAAGAAGAUACAUCUCGUGAAAACAAGUUGCGCUUGUUAAUGAUUCUGGCAGCCAUAUACCCUGAGAAAUUUGAGGGUGAAAAGGGUCUGAAUUUGAUGAAGGUGGCGAAAUUGACAGAUGAUGAUGCAAUUGCUAUAAAUAAUUUGAGAAUGCUUGCGGGAGAACCUGAUGCCAAAAAAAUUUCAACCAGUGGCUUUGCUCUUAAGUUUGAUAUGCACAAGAAAAAGCGCGCUGUAAGAAAAAAUCGUGCAGAAGAAGAAGAGACAUGGCAGCUAUCACGAUUUUAUCCCAUAAUUGAGGAACUGAUUGAAAAAGUUAGCAAAAAUGAACUGUCAAAGGAAGACUAUCCAUGUCUAAAUGAUCCAAGCCCAUCAUUCCAUGGUACACCAUAUGCUGGACCCAUAAUUCAAAAUCCUCCUGCUCAUUCCAUUAGAUCAAGGCGAACACCAACUUGGGCACGACCUCGAGGCUCUGAUGAUGGAUAUUCAAGCGAUUCGGUGCUUAAACAUUCAUCCAGUGAUUUCAAGAAGAUGGGGCAAAGAAUAUUUAUAUUCAUUGUUGGUGGAGCCACUAGAUCUGAGCUCAGGAUUUGCCACAAGCUUACUGGUAAGCUGAAAAGGGAAGUAAUUCUGGGCUCGUCAAGUAUAGAUGAUCCUGCACAAUUCAUUACGAAAUUGAAGAUGCUAACAACGGCUCAGGAACUUUCAUUGGAUGACCUCCAGAUAUGAUGUUAAGAACUUGUAAACUGGACGAUGAUCUUCUGCUUGUCAAAUAUAUGUUGUAAUCAUAUAGAUUAUUCAUCUAAAUACAACAAAAUUCUUUGGACAUUUGACCUGUGGUUCAGCUGGGUCACUGAAUAUCAAUGUGCAUAUGCUAGGAAUUCUUUACAUUGAUUGUAGACACUAAAGUUUCUGAAAAAUAUUCUGGUAAAUGAGAUUCAGUAAAAUGAUUGUAACGAUAAAAAAGCACUGCUGACGCCCCCAAGCCCAAAACAAAAAAUUGUGUUUAUAAUUUGUAUUGAAUAGAUGGCAUAGAAUGAGCUGGGUACCAAAUAAUAUGCGUUGAUUUAUUUUUAGUAA